GUCAUUUUAAAAUGACGGCUACUUGUUAUCAUUUAGUACCUCAACAACAUUUUUGUCACGUAACAAAAUCGGUUUUACUUAAAAUUUCAGUAUUUUCAAGUUGUGUAACAUUGUUCAGAUUUCUGCACCGUACGUGCUCGUUGUAAAAAGAUUAAAAUCACUCUUGUCCUGAACGUUAGACACUUGUCAAAACAAUUGUUUAUGUAACCAGUAUUUUUCUUUCUAAGGCCCCCUUUUUGUGAAAAUAAUGUUUUUUAGCCCGGUUAUCCGAAGGGGUUUCAUUACAGCAGCUGCUGUAGUAGUUGAAGCCAAAUAUUCCCAACAAAACGAGAAUGAAAAUACAACUAAAUGCAGGCCAAGUGAGUUGCCUCUAUAUACACCUGACCCCCAAGUAGCUACGCAAAAUGGGGAGGGUGUACGAAAAGCAGAACCAGUACCAAAUUUCAUUGAGAAUUCGGUCCGGCAGAUCCGUGAAACUGUGUCAAAAUACACUGAUGAGUUUUAUGCUUAUGAAAGAGUUGCCAAACAAAGUCUGACUGAGAGCAAACAGAAUGUUGAAUGGCUGGUGGAUUAUUUAAGGCAAGAAGAUAAUACACUUCCAAAGGCGGGGGCUAUCGGCAUCGGAGCUCUCACAGGCCUCAUCUUCGGCCUUAGAGGAGGGUUUUUUAAGAGGACCAUCUAUGCAGCUACUGGAGGCUUAGGUAUGGCGGCAGUAUGCUACCCAAAGGAAGCCUCAGAAUAUUCUCAAGUAGCUGCAGUAGAAGGAAAAAGGCUUCUAACAAUUGGUUAUAACUUUGUAUAUGGUGUAAAAAAAGACGAGCCGCCAUUGGAACUGCCCAGUCUUCCCUCCGUUCCGACGAGCUUCUCCGAAGCGUGGGAUAAACUAAAAACGACUGCAACAUCGCUUAUUUCAGAUGACGGGAGCAAAGUGGAAGAAAUCAAAAAUGUCGAAAAAGUAAGUAAGCCGAAAAAUAUGGCGUACACUGUCGACGGUCCUUUGAAUGUAUCCGGUCCUGAAUCCGUUCACGUGCACCUUGAAAAUUCCCGAGACGGUCCUGAGUCUUAAAAAGUGAAAUUGAUGCUAGUGUGUUUGAAGAUUUUUACGAUAUCUCGAGUUUAAAAUAUGAUGUAUAUUAUUUUAUUUAAGUAAUUGGAAAAUUCUGUCUGUUAUGAAAUCUUAUCAAUAAAAUGACUUAUUUAUAACGUGAA